AUGUUUCCCUUGAAGGCAGGUCGGGCAACGACCGCCGCCUCCCCACGACUGCGGCAGCGGACGCUAGACUCGUUUCUGGUGCCCAAAGGCCCCACGGCACCGGUGGCGGUUGACAGCGCGAGUCACGAGUGUUGCCGCGUCACCUUGCCCUGGUCGAAGGAGAACCGAUGCUGCGAGAAUGCGGGUCACGUUUGCAACGCCUGGGAAGUUAUUAUUUCCGUCCUGGCAGAGGACGCCUCUCAAAACACCGAUGAUCUUCAACUUUUAUUGCAAAAACUUUGUUUUUGUGACUCCUUCGGGCGCCUCUCCUCCAUGUUUCACUUUGGAAUGCUCUGUCAUGUGGUUGACCACCUCUUGACCCCCUCGGAACGUGCCGCCUUCUUCGACGUCACAUUGCCGUGGAUGAAGCGCCUCGUGCGUGAGGGCCCGGUUACCCUCCCGCAUGAUUUAGAGGCCCUCUUGCAGGGAACGAGCCGGCGCUUAAUGUUGACCCAUGAGGAGGCGGUUACCUUGUUGGUCUGUGGUUUUUUUUCCCUCUUCCCUGGCCGUUGCUUUACGUCCAACUCCAGACGUGCAUCGUCGUGUAAGCUGGCACCCUUUAAUUUUGCCGAUUUGUUUUGCACGGCGUCUCCAGCUCGCCUUGAGAGUAACUGUGCCAAAAUACGGUGUCUGCUAGAGUACUUUAUAUACUGGUCCCAUCACACAUCCCCAGUGAAGACGUGUUUGGAGUUUUACCGAGUCUGUUUUGCAUCAUUCCCGGACUUUGGCAGAAGUUCCAAACCGAUGGAGAACAUUUGCAUGGACUCAAAGGGACGCAUUGAGGACAAUUAUGGAAAACUGCAGGUCGACUUUGCCAACAAGGUGUUGGGCGGCGGCGUUCUGCAAACUGGCUGUGUUCAGGAGGAGAUACAAUUCGUGACGUGUCCGGAGCUGCUUCUCUCACGGCUUUUAAGCGAGCCCCUUCUGGACACUGAGGCGCUGUUCAUGAGCGGUGCCGGGCGGUACAGUCUUUCGGAGGGGUACGCUGGUGGCUUUCGCUUCGUCCGCGGGCAAUCACCACAUGUUGUGGUCUCGAGCGUUGAUGCCGGCAUUCCACGGGAAACAUGUGUGGAAUUUGCGUCAACGCCACUGCGUGAUAAGAAGGACGGAAGUGCCAUACUGAUGCCGAACUCCUGCGUGGUCGCUAUGGAUGCGGUGAAUUUUCAGAAUCGUGUGGGAAAACAGUACACCGCGUCGUCGUUGACGCGCGAAACGAGAAAGGCGUUUGUGGCGUUUAAGGGAGCCACCGAUAGUACCCUGCCGUCUGUUCACUCGGGUCCUGUGGCAACUGGCAACUGGGGGUGUGGCGCAUUCGGUGGGGAUCGCCAACUGAAAUUGAUGAUUCAAUGGUGUGCGGCCUCUGAGGCUCAGCGAUCGCUCAUCUACUCCACCUUUAACGACGAAAGCCUCUGCUGCCAGUUUAGGCCCGUCUAUGAAAAGCUCCAGCGCGAAAAGUGGAGCGUGGGCAACGUGUUCAUGGUGCUGCUUGCUUUUUCUCGUUAUUGCACCACAUCACCAACGCCGUCUGUUGGCGAGGGUAAGCUGUUUCAGUACAUCCUUUCCUUGCAGAGGUCGCUGUGUGAACUUUUGUAG